AACAAAUAUGUCCGAAGAGCAAGAAGAAGAGCAGUUUUCCGAGGACCACAGAGUGCAGUAUGUUGGCGAGAGACUGUGUCGGAUGCUGCAAGUCCAAGCUGAUGCGUGGGAAAAUUUUGUCAACCUUGAAAAAAAUAAAUCACUUUUCACCAUGCUUUUCGAAACACGUGUUAGACUGUUGUUUUUCAGCUCGACAGCGGCCAAUGACAUUACCGUUUCUACAGAGGUCUGUCACCUUUCUAAACACAAGGGAGUUUACAUUCUCAAGAAGGAAAAUGUUCCCAUCGUCCCAGAAAACUGUAGGAGUUCUUUACUCUUCGGGGCUCUCUCACCCACUUUUCUGACACAGCUGUCAGACACGAUAGAGAAGGUCUGUUUGCCGGUUCUGUCCAACAAGAAAAAUCACCAGAUGUGGCCAAAAACAAUAUCACAGGAUGUGUUGAAACACAAUGAGAAUUUGCAAAGCAAGAUGUCUGUUGUGAGAGGACAGUUGUGUGGGAAAACCAUUCUUCCAAUCCCAGCCAUCAAUGACUGGAUGGAACGCUGUGAAGUGGAAACUUUCACACUACAAGACAGUCACAGUAGAGCUGGGAUAUAUGCAAUAGAGUCCAUGGUCAUCAGCUGGACGCAUAUGAUUUAUAAAGUCUUGAGAGCAGAUUCUGCUGAAUUGCUUGAGAAGGGAAAGACCCCUGGACCAAAAGCUGAACUUGACUUCUGGAGGGCCAGAAAAACAAACAUACAAAGCAUUAAUGAACAGCUCCAGAAUCCUGGUGUUCGGAAGAUGAUGAGAAUUCUGGAAAUAAUAGAAAGCAGCUAUUUUCCAUCAUUCAAAGCUUCAACUGAUGAUGUUUUUAAAGCUUUGCAGGAGGCCAAAGCUAUAGACCUUCACCUUCAACCUCUCAGAUCACUGCUGUCUCAACUAGAAGAAAAUGAGUUCACAUCUCUCCAUGCGCUCAUCCCACAAGUCUUUCAUGUGAUACUGCUCAUAUGGACCCAUUGCUCAUUUUAUCGUUCUCCUGCUCGUAUUGUUGUGCUGCUGCAGGAGCUACACAACCAGCUCAUUCAGCAGGCAAAUUCAUAUCUUAGUGCAGAGGAACUGCUGAGAGCAGAGACCGAAGAUAUCUUGGAGAAGUUGCAGACUGUAGUGAACAUUUUUCAGUUUUGCAGGGAAACAUUUAGGACAUACAGAGCAAAAGUGGCUGCUUUGUCCAGUUCUUGUGUGACACACAAGUGCUGGGAUUUCCCUUUGCCCCUUGUUUUUACCAGGUUUGAUGUCUUCUUAGCUCGGGUUUUACAGCUGAAGGAUUUUUUCUCUACUGUGCUGGAGUUCCAGAGGUUGGAGAAGCUGGUGUUUGGAGGACUCAGAGGAAGAGUUUACACUGAGCAGGUCUCUCUACUUCACUCCGAGUUCCUCCAGCUCUGCAAAGUAAUAAGAGAUCAUGAAUACAAUCCUCUAGAUUUGACUUCACAGGAUUUUGACAAAGACUACAAAAGUUUUCAAGAAAAUGUGGCUGAUUUCGAUCGACGGCUGUCCCAUAUUCUGCAUCUGGCCUUUCAAGACUGUUCAGGCUUGGAAUCUAUUUUUAACAUGGUAGCUGUCCUCAAACCCCUCUUGGACAGAGAGAUCAUAAAGGAAAACUUUACUCCUAAUUUCUCCAAAGUAAUUCAGCUAUUUGAGGAGGAGCUGGACAGAUGCAAACACCUGCUGGAUUCACAUCUUGAGCAGAAAAAGAACAACAAAAUGCGCCUAAGCAAGAACAUGCCUGAAAUGACAGGAACUCUGAAAUUGGCAAAAAGGCUUAGAGAGAGAGUUCAAACGCCCUGGAAGAAUUUCGGAUUUGUUCUCAAUAUGUUCAUGGAGGGACCAGAGACGAAGGUGGUCUAUCAUAAGUACAUGGAGAUGUCUACACGUUUAGAUGAAUAUGAGAAGCAGGUCUAUUUCAGCUGGUGUAGAGAUAUUGACCAGGUCUGCAAUAUAAACCUGGAUCGACCCUUGAUCAAAAGAGAUCCAAGUACUGACCUGCUGUCAGUAAACAUCAGUCAAGAGCUGAUUGCAGUAUUGAAGGAUGUAAAACAACUUAUAAUCCUUAAUCAGACGAACAUCCCUCCUGCUGCUAUGAAGGUGUAUGAAAAUAAAGAGAUCUUCUUUAAUAACCUUGGGAGCCUGGAUUUGCUAGUGCAGUGGUACAACAAGGUGAAACAAACGACCCUUGAGGUGGAGGCUCCUCUCAUGAAGAAAGAGCUGGAAACAAUUGACCAGCAGCUCCAUCGAGCAGAAGCUGAAUUCACAUGGCAAGACCCGAGAUGCUGGGACUACAUCUGCAUCCUGAAGGACACCAUCUAUCAGCUUGAGAGAAGACUUCAGAAAACUAAAGACAACGCUGAGGUCAUGAAAGUUCUGAUGAAUGGAUGGAGCAAACAGACAAUGUUUUGCAGGAAGGACAACAAGAAAGAUACACUACUGCAACUUGAAGAUAGAGCAGCAAGAGUUGCAAAAAUGUACAACAACCUCAGGAAGGAUGGAGAAACAAUCCAUAAACUGUUACAGGAGAACAUGGUCCUCUUUGGAGUGGAUGGUUCUUCGGACAUGUGGAAUGGUUAUCUGGAGUAUGUGGAUGAUAUGAUAGUAGAGGGGUUUUUCUGUGAUAUCGCUGCUUCUCUGACGUUUUUCAUUGAUAAUAUGGGGGGGUCGGUGAGGCAAGCUCCACUGUUUGAGGCUCAAAUGCUGCUGAUGGGAUCUGAGAUUACAUAUAGACCAUCUCUGGAUCGAGAUGUUGGAGAUGGACUUUAUGAAUUGGUAGAAGGAUUACUGGGAGAUGUGUUCAAGAUGUCUGCUCAGGUGAAGAGGGUGGCAGCUCACGUGGGUAUGGAGGACUACCAGGCUGAUGUCGAGAACAUGAUGGACCUCUUAGAUCUCCGACAGGAAGUUAUGGAGAAAGUUGACGAUGUCUUGAAGAAAGCCUUAAAAUACCAGGAAGCGUAUAACCGUUACGCUCCCCUGUGGCUUGAUGACAGGGUUGAGUUUCUCAGGCAGUUUCUCCUCUACGGUCACGCACUAACAGCUCAGGAGGUGGAAACAUAUGGAGAAGAUGCGUUUCCAGAAACUCCUCCCACCAUGGAGCAGUUCAAAGAGCAGAUGAAUCAUUAUGAAGAAGUGCGUGCUGAGGUCAGCUCUUUGGAGGACUGGCAGGUGUUCGAGGGCUGGUUUAAAGUGGAUAUCCGUUCGUUCAAGAUCAGUCUUUUAAACGUAGUGAAUAAAUGGAGCUGGAUGUUUAAGGAGCACCUGAUAUCUUAUGUUACCGACAGUAUCGGUGAGCUAGAGGACUUUAUUCUCCAGGCGGAAUGGAGGCUUAAAGAGCCUGUCCAUGGUGGAGACUACCAGUCUCUCGUGCAGGUCAUGGGUUACCUGCUGGCUAUCAGAAACAGGCAACCCCGUACGGAUCGACUUUUUGAACCUAUCAGUGAUGUGGUGGAUCUGUUGGGGCAGUAUGGAGAAACCCUACCUGAGCGUGUUCACGCACAACUUGAGGAAUUGCCAGAGAAGUGGAACUGCAUGAAGAAGUUGGCAUGGACAGUGAAACACGAGCUCGGUCCUCUCCACGCUGCGGAAAUGGCCGUCAUCCGCAGGAAGUGUGUGGCCUUUGAGAAAAAGCUGAAUCAGUAUCGAGAGAGGUUCAAAACAGAAGCUCCUCUCCAGUUCGUCACAGAGAACCCAUACACUCGCCUGGAUAAAUGUCACAGGGAGAUUGUGAUUUUAGAAGAAGAGAUGGCAGAUCUGGAGAAGUCCUGCAAGCUGUUUGAAGUGAGCUGCCCUGAUUCAAAGCAACUCAAGCUGUGUCAGAGAGACAUCACUGUUUUAAAACAACUCUGGGAUCAGCUUCUGUGUGCUCAGUGCAGUAUAGCAGUCUGGGCUGGAACCAAGUGGAGAGAGGUUAAUGUGGAACACAUGGAGACUGAACUGAGAAGGUUUACCAAGGAAAUGCGGGUUCUUGAAAUAGAGGCCCGUGUUUGGGAUGUAUAUUUGGUUCUGGAUCAUGUGCUCAAAAAUCUGUUAGCUUCUCUCAGGGCUGUGACAGAACUUCAGAACCCGGCCAUGAGAGAAAGACACUGGGCCCAGCUGAUCAGGACUACUGGGGUUGACUUUGCCAUAACUGAAGAAACAACUCUUCAGGACCUUCUGGCUUUGCAGCUGAACAGAUAUGAGGAUGUGGUGCACAGUACAGUGGGCAGAGCAGUCAAAGAGAUGUCCACUGAGAAGGUUUUGUCAGAAGUGACUCAGAUGUGGGAACGGAUGGAGUUUUCUUAUGAAGAUCAUUACCGCACCGUUACACCACUACUCAAGUGCAGCGAUGAACUUAUAGAGCAUCUGGAGGAGAGUCAGGUACAACUCCAGGUUUUACUGAACACUAAGCAAGCAAAGAUUUUCCACGAGCAGGUGUCUGCUCUUCAGGUCCAGCUGACUCGGGCUGACUCAGUUCUGGUGCUUUGGCUGGAGGUGCAGAGGACCUGGGCUCAUCUGGAGAGCAUCUUCAUGGGCUCUCAAGACAUUUGUCUGCAGCUGCCGGAGGAGACGCGACUGUUCAUUGCCAUCGAUUCAGACUUCAAGGACCUGAUGUUCAAAAGUGCCAAAACCAAAAAUGUAAUUGCUGCCACCAGCAAGCCCAAUCUUCUACGGAUACUUGAAGAUCUGCAAAAAAGACUGGCUGUUUGUGAGAAGGCUUUAGCCAAAUACCUGGAGACAAAGAGAGUGGCUUUCCCCCGAUUCUAUUUCCUGUCUUCAGCAGACUUACUGGACAUCCUUUCCAAGGGCCGACAGCCCAGACAGGUGAUCUGUCACCUGGGUAAGCUGUUUGACAGUAUGACUGAUCUGGAGUUUUCUGACGAGGAGGAAAAAAACACAACAGCAGUUGGGAUGUUCAGCAGAGAGAGAGAAUAUGUUUCCUUCUGUUCACAGUGUGACUGCGAUGGACCGGUUGAGCUCUGGCUGACUCGUCUGGAGGACGUGAUGAGAGAGGGACUGAGGAGGCACAUAGCUGAGGCGGUCGCUGUGUACGAGGAGCGCUCGAGGGAACACUGGAUACUUGAGCUGCCUGCUCAGGUGGUCCUCACCGCCUCCCAGAUCUGGUGGUCCGCAGAUAUGAAUCUGGCAUUCGAGCAGCUGGCCGAGGGGUUUGAGAUGGCACUCAGAGACUUCAACAAGAAACAGAUUGCCCAGCUAAACUCCUUGAUAAACAUGUUAUUGGGAGAGCUGAAGCCCACUGACAGGCAGAAGAUCAUGACCCUGUGCACCAUUGAUGUUCAUGCUAGAGACGUGGUCUCGCAACUCAUUGCUAAGAAGGUGAGCAGCGCUCAAGCGUUUGCCUGGGUUUCUCAGCUUCGUCACAGUUGGGAUGAAGAGCAGAGGCAUUGCUUCAUUAACAUCUGUGACGCCCAGUUUCGCUAUUCCUAUGAAUACCUCGGCAACACACCUCGACUGGUUAUUACACCCCUCACUGACAGGUGCUAUAUAACCCUCACUCAGUCCCUGCACUUGACUAUGAGCGGCGCUCCAGCGGGACCAGCUGGUACAGGAAAGACUGAGACCACUAAAGACCUGGGCAGAGCUCUGGGGAUCAUGGUCUAUGUCUUCAACUGCUCUGAACAGAUGGACUACAAGUCCAUAGGGAACAUCUUUAAAGGUCUAGCACAAACUGGAGCCUGGGGCUGCUUUGAUGAAUUUAAUCGGAUCGCUGUGGAAGUACUGUCAGUGGUAGCAGUACAGGUGAAGACCAUACAAGAUGCCAUUCGGAACAGGAGGAAGAGGUUUCUUUUCCUAGAGGAAGAGAUAGGCUUGAAACCCUCUGUUGGGAUCUUCAUCACGAUGAACCCUGGAUAUGCUGGAAGAACUGAGCUGCCAGAGAACCUCAAAGCUUUAUUCAGGCCGUGUGCCAUGGUGGUUCCUGACAUGGAGCUUAUCUGCGAGAUCAUGUUGCUGUCUGAAGGAUUUCAGAAUGCUCAGGUUCUAGGGAUGAAGUUCAUCACUCUCUACAGGCUCUGUAAGGAGCUGCUCUCUAAACAGGACCACUAUGACUGGGGCUUGCGGGCUGUCAAACCUGUCCUGGUGGUUGCUGGGGUUCUCAAAAGAGCAGAUCGGACUAGACCAGAAAAUCAGGUGUUAAUGCAGGCGCUGAGAGAUUUCAACAUGCCGAAGAUCGUUUCGGAGGACGUUCCGGUGUUCCUUGGUCUCAUUCGAGAUUUGUUUCCUGGCGUAGAGGUGGAACGGUGGACUGAUGCUGAGUUUGAGCAAAAAGUCAGACAGACGAGUUUACAGCUGAAGCUCCAACCUGAAGACUCAUUCAUUCUCAAAGUGGAACAGCUUGAGGAGCUUCUAUCGGUUCAUCACUCAGUGUUUGUGGUCGGUAAUGCUGGAACAGGGAAAAGCCAGAUCCUGAAAACUCUUCACAAAACCUACAGCAACAUGGGAAAGAAGCCUUUCUGGAAUGAUCUGAACCCGAAAGCAAUAAGCACUGAUGAGCUGUUUGGAUUCAUCCAUCCAGCCACUAGGGAAUGGAAAGAUGGUUUAUUGUCGCAUUUCAUGCGGGAUCAAGCCAGUAACUCUCACCCGGGUCCGAAGUGGAUUGUUCUGGAUGGAGACAUUGACCCCAUGUGGAUUGAGUCUCUCAACACUGUCAUGGAUGACAACAAGCUUCUUACUCUGGCAAAUAAUGAACGCAUCCCUCUCACGCCCUCCAUGAGGCUGCUGUUUGAGAUCAGCCACUUGAAACACGCCACGCCCGCCACCGUGUCCCGCGCUGGCAUCCUGCACAUCAAUCCUCACGACCUGAGCUGGCACCUAUGUGUCGCGAGCUGGAUUGAUCGGAGGAGAACACAAACGGAGAGAGCACAUCUGACCAUUCUGUUUGACAAAUACGUCCCACGCUGCGUUGAAAAAAUGAGAAGCUCCUUUAAGACAAUCACUCCUGUUCCUGAGAACAGCAUGGUUCAGACUCUGUGCUCAUAUCUGGAUUAUCUGUUAACCCCUGAGAACAUUGCAGCAGACUCGCCACGAGACGUCUAUGAGAUGUUCUUUGCGUUUGCCUGUGUGUGGGCUUUCGGUGGAGCCACACAUCAGGAUCAGCUCCAUGAUUAUCGGGCCGAGUUCAGUCAGUGGUGGACGAAAGAGAUGAAGACUGUAAAGUUCCCUGCGCAGGGUUCUGUGUUCGACUACUACUUAGAGCCUCGUUCCAGGCGCUUCCUGCUGUGGACCGACAGGGUUCCCGCGUUUGAGAUGGAGCCCGAUACACCUGUACAGGCUGUGUUAGUUCCUACGGUGGAGACAGUCAAGUUGCAGUAUUUUAUGGACAUGUUGCUGGAGUCAUCUCAACCUCUCAUGCUGGUCGGUGGAGCAGGCACAGGAAAGUCUGCUGUGGUCAGAAACUUUCUGGAGAGACUGCCAGAGAGCUUUAUGACUGCAAAUGUGCCCCUUAACUUCUACACAACAGCAUCCCUGCUGAAAAAGGUGAUGGAGAAACCUCUUGAGAGGAAGGCUGGUAGAUGUUAUGCUCCUCCAGGAAACAAGAGACUCAUCUACUUCAUUGAUGACAUGAACAUGGCCACACGCUCUCAGCCACACGCUCUCAUUCGCCAACAUCUGGAUUACAAGCACUGGUAUGACAGCCAGAAGUUAACUAUGAAGGAAAUACACAACACCCAUUACAUCGCUUGUAUGAAUCCAACAUCAGGCAGUUUCACAAUUAACCCCAGACUUCAGAGGCAUUUUACAGUAUUAGCGGUCAACGCACCCAACGGUGAGACCCUCAGCUCCAUCUUCGGCUCUAUACUGAGCCUCCACCUGCAGAGGUUUCCGUUCAGCCCAGCUGUGGUGCGGACUGGUCCAGCGGUGGUGCAGGCAGCUGUAACUCUCCAUAACACCGUGCUCCAGCACUUCCUCCCCACCUCCAAUAAGUUCUACAACGUCUUCAACUUGUGUGAUCUCUCCCGGCUGUUCCAGGGUCUCCUGUUCUCCAGACCUGACUGUGUUAGACAGGGAGAAGAUCUGGUUCGCCUUUGGAUUCAUGAAUCCAGCAGGGUGUAUUCUGACCGCUUUUCUGAAGCGUCUGAUUUGCAGCUGUUUUUUAGGUUGCAGACAGAUGUUGUGCGACAGACAUCUAAGGAAAUGCAUGAGGAGGCAAUGUUGCCGGAGUCUCUCAUAUACAUGCACAGCACAGUGAGGUCUGAAGAAUCUUCUUACAGACCCGUGAGUGGAUGGGAGCAGCUCAGCUGUAUCCUCAAUGAGGCUCUGGACAGCUACAAUGAGCUCCACUCUGCUAUGAACCUGGUGCUGUUCCAAGAAGCCAUGCAGCACGUGUGUCGGAUCAGUCGCAUCCUAGCGUGUCCUUCAGGCCACGCCCUGCUCGUAGGUGUGGGCGGCAGUGGCAAACAAAGCUUGACCCGCCUUGCCGCCCACCUCUCCAACAUGGACGUGUUCCAGCCUACCCUCAGCAAGGGCUACAGCAUACAGGACCUAAAGGUGGAUCUGGCCGGACUGUACGUGAAGACGGGUGUUAAAAACGUUCCCACAGUCCUGCUCCUCACAGACGCUCAGAUCCCAGAGGACCGUUUCCUUGUCAUCAUCAGCACCCUGAUCUCGUCAGGUGAGAUCCCUGAUCUAUUGAGUGAAGAGGAGCUGGAUGGAGUGAGGAAAGCCGUGAGGAGUGAGUUGCGGGAACUGGGUCUGCUGGAGAGCAAUGAGAACUGCUGGAGGUUUUUUAUGAACCGAGUGCAACAGCAGCUCAAGGUGGUGCUUUGCUUGUCUCCUGUAGGUAAUUCCCUGCGUGCACGUGUCCGGCGGUUUCCAGCUCUUCUGAGCUGCACCACUCUGGACUGGUUUCAGGAAUGGACCCUGGAGGCCCUGCAGUCUGUCAGCAUGAGGUUCCUGCAGAACAUCCCAAGCAUACAGCCCGCCGUUCGGAAAUCCAUCAGUCUUUUCAUGGCCCAAGCUCAUGUCGACGCCAAGCGGGUUAGCGAGCAUUACUGCCGCAAUGAGAGGAGGCACAUCUACAGCACACCCAGAAGCUUCUUGGAGCAGCUGAGGCUUUACCAGAGUCUCCUGGAGAAGAGAGAGAGGGAACUACAGCUGAGGCGCGACAGGCUUCGCGCCGGCCUUCAGAAACUCAAGAUGACCGCCUCUCAGGUGGAGGAUCUGACACUUAAGCUGAAUUCACAAGAAGUGGAGCUGACAUUGAAGAACCAGGUAGCUGAAGCUCUCAUGGCCAGGAUUGGCCUGCAGACAGAACGAGUGAGCCAAAAGCGGAAUGAUGCUGACCUAGAGGAGCAAAAGGUAGCUGCUAUGCGGGCAGAGGUGUCCCACAGACUGAGAGACUGUGAAAGUGAUCUGGCUAAAGCUGAACCGGCUUUAGAUGCUGCCACUGCUGCUCUCCAAACGCUCAACAAGGUGAAUCUGACAGAGUUAAAGACGUUCCCCAAUCCCCCGCAGGCUGUUAUCAACGUCACCGCCGUCGUGAUGGUGCUUUUGGCUCCACGUGGGCGAAUUCCUAAAGACCGCGGAUGGAAGGCCGCCAGGAUCUUCAUGGGCAAGGUGGAUGACUUCCUGCAGUCAUUGCUUUCUUAUGAUAAAGAGCACAUCCCUGAGUCAUGUCUGACCGUGGUCAAGCAGGAAUACUUGAGAAUCCCAGAGUUUCAUCCAGACCAUGUUCGGACCAAGUCCUAUGCAGCCGCAGGUCUCUGUGCUUGGGCCAUUAACAUAGUGCGCUACUAUGAGGUGUAUUGUGAAGUUGCACCAAAGCGUCAGGCUCUGACACAAGCCACUGAUGAACUACAGAUUGCCACCACAAAACUGCUCGGAGUGAGAAAGAAACUGGAAGAUCUGGACAGGCACCUGCAAAGCCUAACAGCUCAGUUUGAGAGGGCGGCGACUGAGAAACUGCACUGCCAGGAGGAAGUGACACGCACCAGCCAGACCAUCGAGCUGGCCAAUCGGCUGGUGGGAGGCCUGCAGGCGGAGGAUGUGCGCUGGUCCGAAGGAGAGUUAGAGCUGGAGUCUCAGAUGAAGACAGUUUAUGGUGACGUUCUCCUGGCUUCUGCCAUCGUGUCUUACGCCGGCUGCUUUACGCAACCGUAUCGACACCAGCUCCUCCACGACAUGCUGAUUCCUUUUCUCCGAGAGCUCAGGACCCCCAUCCCGCUGUCACACGAUCUGGACCCUGUGCUUACGCUGACCGACCCGGCCACCGUGGCAGCCUGGCACAACCAGGGCCUGCCAGCUGAUCGGCUGUCCGUUGAAAACGCAGCCAUCCUGAUGACCAGCCAGCGCUGGCCUCUGAUUGUGGAUCCUCAGCUACAGGCCAGCAAGUGGAUCCGAAAUCUGUAUGGGUCUAACAUGAGGAUCCUGCAGUAUGGCCAGAAAGGAUAUCUGGAUGUGAUUGAGCAGGCUUUGACCUGUGGUGAGGUGGUCCUGAUUGAAAACGUAAAAGACACAUUGGACCCUCUCCUGGAACCUCUACUAGGAAGACAAACCCUGAAGAAGGGAAGGUACAUCAGACUGGGCGACAAAGAGUGUGAGUAUAACAGCAUGUUUCGCCUUAUUCUACACACUAAGCAAGCCAACCCGCACUUUUCCCCGGAGCUUCAAGCGCAGACCACACUUAUAAACUUCACAGUGACACCUGCUGGUCUGGAGGAACAGCUCCUGGGGCAGGUGGUCACGCAUGACAGACCCGACCUGGAGAUGCUGAAGCUGGAGUUGAGCACUCAACAGAACAUGUGUCAGAUUGAGCUGAAGAGCCUGGAGGAUGAGUUGCUGUGCAGACUCACAGCAGCAGAGGGAAACUUUUUGCGAGAUACAGCUUUAGUGGAACAACUUGAAUACACCAAGAACACGGCCAAACAGAUCCACAACAAAGCUUUAGCAGCACGAGAUAAUGAAUUGAGGAUCAAUGAGGCACGAGAUCUCUACCGGCCAGCAGCUGAAAGAACAACUUUGCUGUACUUUACUAUCAAAGAACUCCACAACAUCAACCCCAUGUACCAGUACUCACUCACGGCUUUUAAAAAAGUGUUCCUCAAAGCCAUCGAGAGAGCUCCACCAGAUGAAGACACGUCAGCGCGUGUUUUAUCCCUCACCGAGGCCAUCACCCAUUCAACCCUGCAGUACACCUGCCAAGGGCUCUUCCAGAGGGACCGGCUCACCUUUCUUACCCACACCGCCCUCCAGAUUCUGCUGAAGAGAGGAUCUGUUGAGCCUCAGGACCUGGAGCUUCUGUUGCGGUUUCCUGUGGAAGUUUGUGACAGCAGUCCAGUCAGCUUUCUGUCUCCACAUGCAUGGGGAACCAUUAGGAGCUUGUCCAUGCUGGAGGCAUUCAGGGGUCUGGACAAGGAUGUGGAAGGUUCUGCCAAACGCUGGAGGAAACUGGUCGAGUCGGAAUGUCCAGAAAGAGAACGUCUCCCUCUGGACUGGAAGAAUAAGACGCCCCUCCAGAGACUCAUCAUUCUUAGAGCUAUUCGGCCUGACAGGAUGACCUAUGCUCUCAGAAAUUUUAUUGAGGAGAGUUUGGGCCCCAAGUGUGUGGACGUUGGUCGAAUGGAGUUUGAAAAGUGUUAUGAGGAGUGUGGCCCUUCAACGCCAGCGUUCUUCAUCCUGUCUCCUGGAGUCGACCCCCUUAAAGAUGUUGAAACACUGGGGUUGAAGCUGGGCUUUACCACAGACAUGGGGAACCUUCAUAAUGUGUCCUUAGGUCAAGGGCAAGAGAUUGUGGCCGAGAGAGCGCUGAAGACCGCAGCUGAGAGAGGGCAUUGGGUCAUACUGCAGAACGUUCACCUGCUGGUAGGAUGGUUGUGUCGUCUGGAGGAGCUGUUGGACAUCACAGGCGGCAACGCUCACUCAGACUUCAGAGUGUUUAUGAGUGGAGAACCAGCAGUCGGUCCUCAUAAUCACAUCAUUCCCUGCAGCAUGCUGGAGAACUCGCUCAAACUCACCGCUGAGCCGCCCAUUGGCCUAAAAUCCAGCUUUCACGUGGCUCUCGACAACUUCACACAGGAUACUCUGGAGCUGUGUUGUCAUGAGCAGGAGUUUAAAGGCCUGCUCUUCUCGCUCUGUUAUUUUCAUGCCUGUGUGAGUGAGAGGAGGAGGUUUGGGCCUCAGGGCUGGAAUCACAGAUACCUGUUCAAUAGUGGAGAUCUCACCAUCUCCAGCAGUGUGCUGUACAACUACCUGGAAGCAAAUGCUAAAGUACCAUGGGAGGACCUGUGUUAUCUGUUUGGAGAGAUCAUAUAUGGAGGACACAUCACAGAUGAAUGGGACAGGAGACUGUGUCGUACUUAUCUCCUGCAAUUCAUCAGUCCCAAGAUGUUUGAGGAGGAGCUCUUUCUGUGUCCCGGCUUCCCGGCUCCUCCUGAUUUGGACUUCACUGGAUAUCACAGCUAUGUGGAUGGGAGACUGCCUGCGGAGAGUCCUGGUCUCUAUAGUAUGCACCCUAACGCUGAGAUUGAGUUAAUGACAGCCACAUCUGAUGAUCUCUUCAGAACCCUGCUGGAACUUCAGCCCAGAGACUCAACAACAGGAGAGGGAACGACGCAAUGCAUUGAGGAGAAGGUAAAGAGUGUUCUGGAUGACAUGUUGGAGAAGUUGCCUGAAGAGUAUAAUCUGGCAGAUCUGAUGUGUAAAACAGCAGACAGGAGUCCGUACAUCCUUGUGUGCCUGCAGGAGUGUCAGCGGAUGAAUCUGCUGUUGGCAGAGAUGCACAGAUCAUUGAAAGAACUGGACCUGGGAUUGAAGGGAGAACUGAGUCUUUCUUCAGACAUGGAGAUGCUCCAGACGGCUCUGUUCUGUGACAGCGUUCCAGAGAGCUGGAGCAGAUUGGCAUAUCCUUCAACCAAAACACUGGGCCCGUGGUUCAGUGAUGUUCUGACCCAGUGUCGCGAGCUGGACACAUGGACUCAAGACUUUGUGUUUCCUGCUGUAGUUUGGAUCUCAGGACUCUUUAGCCCUCAAUCAUUUCUCACAGCGAUCAUGCAGAGCAUCGCUCAGAAGAACAAGUGGCCUUUAGACAGAAUGACUCUCUCUGUAGACGUCACUAAGAAAGGCAAGGAUGAUUAUGGUCAUCCUCCACGAGAGGGAGCGUACAUCCAUGGACUCUACAUAGAGGGAGCUGGUUGGGACAGCGCCUCAGGAGUGUUAUCAGAUGCUGUUUUGAUGGACUUGACUCCAGCUAUGCCAGUGCUGUACAUCCGUGCGGUACCAGCUGGCCAGCAGGAGCUGAAGAACACCUACGAGUGUCCGGUGUACCGUACCAAACGCCGCGGUCCCACGUACAUCUGGAGCUUCCGUCUGAAAACACGACACCCACCUGCAAGGUGGAUCCUUGCUGGAGUGGCUCUGCUUUUGUCGGUGUAAUCGAGGGUUCACGACACGUAGCUGUGCGUUUUAAGAAGUAUUAUGCUGAAAGAUAUUUUAAGAUGCUACAAAUAGGUUUUUGAAUGGUUGAAAUAGACGCAACUUGUUAACUGUGUACAAUGUAUGCAUUUUCAAUUGUGUGUGCUUCUUAAACUUUAUAGGUAGUUUUGAAAGAUUAAUAUGCCGUAGAAAUAUUAUGUUAGUAUGUAUUAACACAGUUAAACGCAAUCCCUUUAAGUGCCAUCACACAACAGAGACUUCCAGUAGAUUAUGAACCAUCCUGAUAUGUUUGACAUUGACCUCCCUCGCCUGCUGAAGACCGAUAGAUCGGUGCGAUUCAUCUCACGUCUACCUUGGAUGACAUGUUUCAUCUUGUCCAUUUUUUCCUCAACCUCUGUGUGAUAUAAUACCUAGAUUUCAUGGGAAUGAAAUGUACAGAUGUGAUCUUGUUCAAUAGUAUUUGAGAUGACAUUCAAUUUCUACACACAACAUCUGCUGCUGUGUUUGUCUGAGGUUGUUUGUACACCCUUUCCAUAGUUCUCUGCUAUGACGCAGACCUUGUCAGGAGACGAGAAAAUGAUAUAUCUGUCCCGGAGCGGGAAAUGAGAGGUUAGCACAAGCUGUGGAGUCAUGCCUUCCUCCUCAGCGAGUUCACCGCAGGUAAUAAUGGCCCAGAACAGUACGCCUCUGUAAUUGUUUAGACAAUUUGUCCUCCGCUCUCGUGAUACAGCUAAGAUGCUCAGUAAGCCAAUUGAGCUUUUGCAUCAGAGAACACACACACACACACACACGCUCGUAAUAGGACAUACUGAAGUCUACAGGUUACAAAGAUGGAAAAACAGAGUUCUGUGGCUUUUAGUCAAUGUCUAUUAGCUUAGAGUUCAUCUAUAUGCUACUGUAUUCUGACAUGUUCUUAUAUUCUUUUUUUGUCUUGGGAAUAAGACUAAAAUAUUGAUGACUCAUCUUGCACUUAGGGGUAUACACAAAUUUUCGGCCAAUGAAAAAUAGCAUAUGAACAACAGCUAUACUGUACUGUUGUGGCUAUUACAAAACCAUAAGCCUCAUCUUUCUGUUUCAAUAUUUGUCAAGUGAUUUCAAUGUCUCUAUUUGUUUAUAUUCCACCACUUGAUGUCAGUAUGUUUCAUUUAAUACAUUUUGGAAGCAAAACACACAAGGA